UUACGUGUUUACGUCAUGACGCACAGCCCAUCCGUCCCUCGCCGCUGCUCUGUUCCUCCCAUAGUCUAUGGUUCCUCCCCGUCUCUGCCAGUGUCUGUCUGGAAACCUAAAACAGAGCGGUACCAACCAACGAGAGGGGCACAGAGGCUGCCCCGGCUUCUUUUGGCAGGCAUGGCGGCUCCUUUGGCCCAUUUCGAUGAGGACUGGCAAGAUUUUAACGAGUUUAAGCCGUUCCAAGAGUCCGAUAAUCAGCUGGACCAACUCAACUCCAAUGUGACCGACUCCACUACCACCUCCUCGGGCCUAGACGAUUUCUCCGACCUAGACAACAGCUUCUGCGGGGAGAUCUGCAGCUUUAAAUCAAUGGAAGAUCUAGUCCACGAUUUUGACGAGAAGCUGACGGUGUGUUUCCGAAAUUACAGCACAACUACAGAAAACAUAGCGCCCAUCAAACCAAUCACGGAGGACAACUAUCUGAAAGAUGACGAGGUGUGGAAUGCACUCACAGAUAACUAUGGCAACGUGAUGCCAGUGGACUGGAAGACAUCGCACACUCGCUCCCUGCAUUUGCCCACCCUCAACCUCAUUGAGCCAGAGAAACUAGAUAACCAGUCUUUGGACCUGUCUGAUGAUGAAGAUCUGAGGGAGCAGAUGGACAUGCACUCUAUUAUUGUCUCCAGCAUCAGUGAUGAGCCCCUCUUCACAGCCGAACAGGUGAUAGAGGAGAUUGAGGAGAUGAUGCAGGAGUCCCCAGACCCGGAGGAUGAUGAGAGUCCAUCCCACUCAGACCUGUCCAUGCUCUCACAGGACAUACACGGGCUGCGGCGCUCAGGCUCCAACACCAGCUACGAGGACCGGUUGCGACAGCUGUCAGUGUCAGAGCUGACUGAGACUCUGGAGGAGGUGGAGUCGACCAUUCGCCGCUUCAGCGAGGAGCUCAUCCAGGAACUGGCCCUAAGAGACGAGUUGGACUAUGAGAAAGAGGUUAAGAACAGCUUCAUUUCACUGCUAAUUGACGUUCAGAACAGACAAAAGGAACACCGGGAUCUGCUACGGAAGAGGAAGAAGAUUCGAAGUACCGUCACCACUGGAUCCAAUGGACAGAGGAUAGCCAGCACACACAUCCCGGGCACGUAUCUGACCACAGUAAUCCCUUAUGAGAAGAAGGCCGGUGCGCCCUCUGUCGAAGACCUUCAAAUUUUGACAAAAAUUCUUCAAGCUAUGAGAGACGACAGUGAAAAGGUUCCAGCCCUACUAACAGACUACAUCCUCAAAGCUCUGGUUUGAGAGCCUUGGAAACAGUUCUGUGUCCAACGUAAAGGCUCUGAUCCACCUCCUGUUUCCAGCGCCUCAAAGAAACAUCACUGAGGAUUCUGGUAUUACCCAAAAUGAACUCUAAAUCCCAGCCUUCCGAUUUUAAACCAACUUUUCCCUUGUGGCAUUUGAAAACUCAUUUAUUUUUAACUAAAAGAUUAUUUUAGCUGAUACCUUUUAACUUUUUAAUGCCUGAUCGCUAUAUUCUUAUAAAGUCUGAUGCCAGUAAUCAGUAUUAGCUGAAAUAUUUUCCUAAAUUGUUUUAAAUCCAGCAUUAUUUUAGGUGAUUUUGAAAAGCUUUUCUGGCUAAGAGGUAGGUUUGUUUUGUAAUCGCAUUUGCAUCUUGGUACUUAAUGCUUGACCACGUCCAAACUGGGUUUGGUACAAGCUGCCCGCAAUCUUGAUGGUAAUGGUAUGUAUUUAUUUAAUGAGAAUGAAGCUGCUUGUUAAGGACCGAAAAGAAAGCCCUUUAAUUCUUGCAUGUGGUUUUAAGAAUGACACUUGAUUUUUGCUUUUUGAUGGAAUGUUGUAAUGAAAUAUUUUGUAUACAUAUUGCACAGUUUGUAGUUUUUGAAAAGGGAAACUAAACUGAAAGACUUGCUGAGUGAACAAAUGAUAUAUUUUUGAAUUGGAUUUGGAGACAUCUUUCAGUAACCGCUUUCACGACUCAUUUGUAUAUUAUGCCUAGAGAUCCUUCCCACCUACUCACUCCCUCUUUUUACAUGUAAUACCUCAUGCUAGUCUCUUUAAAGCCAUCUCAUUUUAUUGUGGUUUAGCUUGUAUUUUCUCUCAUCUUGAUAUCGUGCAUAUUUUUGUCUUUCUCAUGCAGUAGUGAAGCCAUUGGUGGUUGUACAUUUUGCUAGUUUUGUCAGUGUUGCUGAUUUAGAAAAUAAUGUAUCAAGAUUUAAGAGCUUCCAUACAAUUUACACUAACAUCACUAGACAAAACGUCAUGAAUUAACAUUAUAGCAGUAAAUAUGAAAUGCAUGUCUACUUUACUUUAUAGGUCACCAGCUAACACAGGUGCUCCACACAUGGUCAGGUCUAGAGUAGAUCUCAGGUACCUCCAUCAGUGUUAUAGUGUCAAACAGAGACUGUGCUAUCAUUGUUUUAGCAGGAAAUAUAUUUACCAACUAGCUGCACAGACGAUGAUGAAUUCAAUGACAUUAAUAUUAUCAAGCAAAAUGCACUCUUGUAGUUUUAGUAAAGUAAUAGCAAUAGGAAUGGAUAUGCUUCAAACUUGAAUACUUGUUUGCUCUGACACUAAACAUACCAUUCACAUAAAAUAGUUAUUUAAUCAUUGGUAAUUUAAUCAUAUAAUGAAAAAGGGAAUGUAAAGAUGCUGGAUAAGGAAUUCUGCAGUUGUGGUUCCAAUGGUUUAUUUUGAGCUGUUCCAAUGCACAGACAAGCAUCAAUAAUGGUGCAUUAUUAUACUGUAUGUAGCAGUUGUUUCUAAUGUUGCCAGCGCUGAACAUUGAAAACUAGCAUGAGCUGCAUGCACUUUACAGUUCGAAACAAAAUUAGUGUUUGAAUCAACCAAAAAAGGGAUGACAGCAUGUUGUAAUGAUGGUCAAAAAUUCAUAAAAAAAGGAAAAUAUAAAGGAAUAAUAGCAAUUUUUAAAAAGAUUGAAACAAAUUACUCAAAAUGUACAUGUCUUACUAUUGGAUUGCAGUUUGUUGAAUGUCACUGAAAGGUGUUUAGCAUGUAACAUAUCAACAAGUCGAAAUGACAAUUUAAAGAUUUAUAUUUUUAUCAUAACAAGCCAGGAGACAAGGCCUCCUUUGAAAAUGCCUGAUCAUUUUGUACAUUAAACGGACAAACCUUUUGUUUUUAAUACUUGUCAUCCCCUAGUGAAGGGGUUUUAUGUUUACUGUCUCAUCAUGUGGUACCACAGUACAUUAAUUUAUUAUGUAAAUGUUUGUUUUAUAACCUUAUUAUUGACUGUAACGGUACCAGUGUUUGUGCCCGCAUUUCAGCUCAUUUCAAAUAAAAACUGUGAAGACCUUC